CUCUACUUUGAUGGCCCUUCGGUGGUAAAAGUCGUCCAAUUUUGAAGGGACUUUAGUGAUAGAAUUUGUCCAAUACAGCCUUACUUUGAUGAUAGACUUUCGUCCAACACAUCUCUACCUUGUAGACUCUUUGGUGAUAGAAUCCGUCGAAUACAUCUCUACUUUGUAGGCUCUUUAGUUUCAGACGCAAUCAAACACAUCUCUAAUUUGUAGGCUCUUUGGUGAUAGACGCCGUCCAACAUGGCGGUCGUGUGAGGUGAUCCGUUUGUCUGCACUAUUUGGAAAUGAGGGUCCGUGGUUGCUGCAAGUGGACCAAGCCAGCCUAUCUGGUUUGGCCAAUCCUGCUGCUCCUGCUGCUCGGCGCCGCCUUGACAGCCCUGCUCCCCUCCGUCGAGGACCAUGCAGGGCGGGGUGUUCUUCAAGUGCUGCGGCGGGCGACAUCCGAAAGCCAGCCUUACGUUCAGGAUGUCCAGGGGGAGCAGCAGCAGAAAUUUACAGUCAUCAUUCAAACGUACAACCGGACUGAUAUUCUCCUCAAACUCCUCAACCAUUACCAAGCGUUGCCUCAUCUCCAGCGGAUUAUCAUAGUGUGGAACAACAUGGGGGAGAAGCCUCCACUGGAGUUAUGGGACUCAUUGGCUCCUCAUCCUGUUCCUGUACUUUUUAAGCAGCAGACAAGCAAUCGAAUGCACAACAGACUGCACCCUUUUCCUGAGAUUGACACUGACGCUGUGUUGGUGCUGGAUGACGACACUCUGCUCAGCGUUCCUGACAUCAGCUUUGCUUUCACUGUUUGGAAGCAAUUUCCGGAGCAAAUAGUUGGAUGUGUGCCGCGAAGACAUGUGGCAAGUGCAGCAGGCGUGUACAGUUAUGGGAGCUUUGAGCUGCAGGAUCCAGAAAGCGCAGGAGGAGACAAAUAUUCCAUGGUGCUUAUCAGUGCCUCCUUCUUCCACCGCCGCUACCUCAACAUGUUCCAGGAGCAACCCGCGGCGGUGCACGCUCUGGUGGAUGCGACGCGGAACUGCGACGACAUCGCCAUGAACUUUGUGGUUGCCAUGCAUCUGAGGAAGCUCUCUGGCGCCAGCAGACCCUCGGGAGUGUUCGUCAAGCCCGUGGACAUGCGCAACCUGGAGAAAGACGCCAGCAGCGGCUUCCAGGGCUUGUGGCAUCGGCCUGAACACCUCCUGCAGAGGUCUUACUGCCUCAAUAGGUUGGCGCACAUUUAUGGUGUAAUGCCUCUUCACUACUCCAACCUCAUGGUCGCCCAGUUUGGCUUCCCGAGCUAUGCCAACCACAAAAGUAAAUGCUGAGUACAUACAGUGGGGCAAAAAAGUAUUUAGUCACCCGAUUGUGCAAGUUCUCCCACUUAAAAUGAUGACAGAGGUCUGUAAUUUUCAUCAUAGGUAAACUUCAACUAUGAGAGACAGAAUAUGAAAAAAAAAAUCCAGGAAUUCACAUUGUAAGAAUUUCAAAGAAAUUAUUUGUA